UCAUUAACGGCCAUACACCUUGUUUACGGUUGUUGCUAGAAGUUGCAGACAACCCUGAUGUGACAGAUGCCAAAGGACAAACCCCACUAAUGCUUGCAGUGGCAUAUGGGCACAUUGAUGCUGUUUCUUUAUUACUUGAAAAAGAAGCAUCUGUUGAUGCAGCUGAUCUCCUGGGAUGCACAGCUUUACAUCGAGGGAUUAUGACCGGGCAUGAAGAGUGCGUUCAGAUGCUGCUGGAGAAAGAAGUAUCUAUUCUGUGCAAAGACGCCAGAGGCAGGACGCCGCUGCACUUCGCAGCAGCUCGGGGUCACGCCACUUGGCUGAGUGAGUUACUGCAGGUGGCACUUUCGGAGGAGGACUGCAGUUUGAAAGAUAACCAAGGUUACACACCGCUGCACUGGGCUUGCUACAACGGUCAUGAAAACUGCCUAGAGGUACUAUUGGAACAAAAACUUUUCCGCACAUUCUAUGGUAAUAGCUUCUCUCCAUUGCACUGUGCCGUAAUCAACGAUCAUGAAAACUGUGCAUCCCUGCUCAUCGGAGCCAUCGAUGCCAGCAUUGUCAACUGCAAAGAUGACAAAGGAAGAACGCCCCUUCACGCAGCAGCCUUCGCGGAUCACGUGGAGUGCCUCCAGCUCCUCCUGAGCCACAGCGCACAAGUGAACGCUGCGGAUCACGCGGGGAAAACUCCGCUCAUGAUGGCAGCUCAGAACGGCCACGUAGGUGCUGUAGACUUUUUGGUGAACAUUGCCAAGGCUGACCUGACGUUAAAGGAUAAGGAGUUGAAUACGUCUUUGCACUUGGCUAGCAGUAAAGGUCAUGAAAAAUGUGCCUUGUUAAUACUUGACAAGAUACAAGAACAGAGCCUUAUUAAUGCAAAAAAUAAUGCAUUGCAGACACCUCUCCAUAUUGCUGCACGAAAUGGCUUAAAGCUGGUGGUUGAAGAGCUGCUAGCCAAAGGGGCAUGUGUCCUGGCAGUAGAUGAAAAUGUUUCUAGGUCAAACGGACCACGACCCUCCUCUGCAACAGAUGUACAAAAGGAAGAAUGAGACUUUUUAAACAAUUUAAAAACAAAAAAAAAAAACCACACAAAAAAACCCCCAAACCAAAAAAAAAAGGUAUCAUGGACUAACCAGCUGUACCAAGAGGACCAAAACGCUUCAGUAAUUAAACGGAAGACUUUGCUACUUUUAUUUUUUUCUUCAAAUGUGAGUGACACAAUGAAGUAGUUUUUCUAAACCAUGUAAUUAUAAACUUUUUGAGGUAAUGAAUAG